UAUUCUUCUGCUGUAGUAAGACAGAAUUCUUCUACUCGCUCAGUUGCAUAAACCCCACCGAUAACCUGCCUACAAAGGCAAAGAAGAGUAGAAAAAUCAAACCCAAAUGGAUCUUAAUGGGUUUGCAGCCAUGGACAUGGAUGCUGAAAAUCUUGGUCCCUGUUUAACCAGCUUUGUAGAUGAUGGUACUGUUGAGAGUCACAGGUACUUCCUUGCGCGCAGAACUGUGCUCGAAAUGCUUAAAGACCGUGGUUUUGCAAUACCCAAUUCGGAAAUUGAGUCUACACUUGAAGAAUUCAGAGAAAAAUUUGGUCAAAAACCCGAUAUUGAGCGCCUCAGAAUCUCUUCCAUGCAUAGGAAUGACCUUUCCAAUAAGGUUUUGGUAAUCUUUUGUGGGCCAAAUGCCGUGAAAGUAAAUGUCAUUCGCAGCAUUUUAACUCAAAUCAUGAACAAGGAAUCUUUGAGUAGGCUGCUAUUAAUCAUUCAGAAACCAAUGACCGCUCCAGCUAUGAAAGCUGUGGAACUCCUCCCAUUUAAAGUUGAAAUUUUCCAGAUCACAGACUUGCUUGUCAAUAUCACAAAACAUGUUUUAAAGCCAAAGCAUGAGUUGUUGAACAAUGAAGAGAAAGAGAAGCUGUUAAAGAAGUACAACCUGGAAGAGAAACAGCUGCCGAGGAUGUCUCAGAAGGAUGCAAUUGCUCGGUACUAUGGACUUGAGAAGGGGCAGGUGGUGAAGGUCACAUACAGCAGUGAAAUCAUCGAGACACAUGUUACAUAUCGUUGUGUCUGGUAAUGCGACUAUGUUGUAAAUCCUUUCUAGCAGUCUUACUGUGUCGUACGUUAAAUGAGCCUGCAGCAGCGUAACUUACCACAGCUUGUUCUGUUAAAAAGAUGCUGGUUUAACUUUUCCUAACUCCCUCUUCCACCCCCCUGGGCUCCCUUCUCCACUUUAGCUCAAAUGAAGAGCUUGUAGGUAGUAUAUUAGUAUGCUUUGUCGUCGUUUCUCUGCAUUUUGUAUGCCCAGAUUGUCUGUACUUCAUACUAUUGUGCUAAUAGGGGUGGUGGCUACUCUAAUUUGCAAAAUUCGACCAUGUUGGAAUGUAAUAGGAGCUUUAAAAUAGCUUUUCUUAACUUUUUCA